AUUGAAUGAAAAUAGUAAUUGUAGAGGCAGAACAAUAACUGAUCGUGAUAAUCUGCAAUAGUUUUUAAUAAACACAACUCUUAUCUACUGGAAAACACUAACCAUGGCUGAUACCUCUGAUCAUUUACUUGCGUUAAAAGUGAUGCGUCUUACUCGUCCAACCUUGGUGAGUUCCCAGAUUGUUACGGCAGAAAGCAAGGAUCUACCGCAAAAUACUUUUGAAAAAAUCCUUCAAGCAACUGCCACAACCGUGCAGGGCAGUGAAACGCUAGCAGCUGGGCAGUUUAUGCUGCUGCCACAAAGUUUCGGAAACAUCUAUCUGGGAGAGACAUUCUCCAGCUACGUCUGCGUACACAACUGUCGUGCCCAUCCCGUUAACAAUGUCUCUGUUAAAGCCGACUUACAAUCUAGCAACGCCAGGAUUAGCUUACCGAUCCAUGUGGACAAGCAGGGACCGGUGACACUGCAUCCCGACGAGACGCUCGAUGACGUGAUUCAUCACGAAGUAAAAGAGAUCGGAACGCAUAUAUUGGUAUGCCAGGUAUCUUACAUGACACCGGCCGGAUUAGAAGCUUCUUUCCGAAAGUUUUUUAAAUUUCAAGUCGUUAAACCAUUGGACGUUAAGACUAAGUUUUACAAUGCGGAAACCGACGAGGUCUACUUAGAGGCGCAGAUUCAAAACAUUACGGUAGGGCCAAUCUGUCUGGAAAAGGUUGAACUAGAAAGUUCAGAACAGUAUACAGUGGUAUCACUGAAUAAUUUACCUUCCGGUGAAUCGGUAUUUUCGCAGCGAACUAUGCUGCAGCCGGAAAAUAGCUGUCAGUUUCUGUACUGCAUCAAGCCUAUACCGGAGAUUAUGAACGAUCCAAAGGCGUUAAAGGCCGCCAACAAUAUCGGUAAGCUGGAUAUAGUUUGGCGUUCGAAUCUGGGUGAACGUGGCCGAUUGCAAACGAGUCAACUGCAGAGAAGUCCCAUUGAAUACGGAGAUUUGCGAUUGACCGUUAUUGAGGCUAAGAGUACGGUCAAAAUAAGCGAAGGGUUUGACUUUACAUGCCGAGUUACGAACACUAGCGAUCGUUCGAUGGAUUUAGUAAUGAAUUUAAAUACGAAAGCCAAGGUGGGAUGCGGUUACACUGGUUUCACGGAAAUAAGUCUAGGUAACCUGGAACCGGGCAAAUUUACUGAUUUCAAAUUGACCGUCUGUCCUGUACGACUGGGAUUGAUAACUAUCACUAAUCUGCAACUAACGGAUGUUUUUAUGAAGCGAAAAUACGAGUUUGAUGAUUUUGUACAGGUGUUUGUGGUGGAUGAAGAUUACCGCGAGGAUGAUUUUCAACUAGACAAAUACGUCCGCUAUAACGUUCCACAGUCAGUAUAGAUACCACAUAGGUUGAAUCAAGUUGUUCCAAAAGAAUUUUUUUUUAUUUAUGCACUUACUUGUGUACGAGCACACUAAACUAAGGAAAUAUAUUCAUUUAGC